AGAGUGUGUUUGGUAGGUGUAUUGCGCCACAGACGCAUUUCUACAAACACCUUCCCGCCCCCGCCCCCGCCUCCGCCUCCAAAACGAGAGAAAGAUGUUGGAGGCGAAAUGUCUGAUGAAAGCAGAGAUUCCUUCGACUCUCAUUCAAGAUCCAUCUCCUGGAGCCAUUCAAUCCACUCGCCUCGCUCUCCAUGUUACACACGACCAACGUUCUUGUUUUCUCUACGUUGCAUCCGGUCCUCACAUUUAUAAACUCCAGAUUACUCUUGGAGGAACUUCAGUUACCAAAGGAAAAGAAAGCCUCUUAAUACCUUUACACACUAAGAUUAUUCAGCCUUCGUUAGUCAAACGCUGUCCGCAUCGAUCAGAAAUUCAGAGUAUUGUUCUUGCUGAAGCAGAGAGCCUUGGCUACUUAAUGUUGGGAAGUGUGGAUUCAUAUGGUCAUCUCAUUGUAUCUAAACUUAAUGCGUCUGGUAAAGAUGUCGACAUGCUUACAUAUUCAGUAUUGCCGCCUGAUAAUGGUAUUGGGGAAGGAAGUUGGUCAGGACUCUGCUUUAAUCCAUAUCAAAUAUCUAUGGCAGCCAUUGCUCGUAGCUUUUGUAAAACUGUUGAUAUUUUUGACCAGGACAUGCACAUUCGCACAUUACGACCACUCUGGUGCCCUACUUCAUUAAACUUCAUGCAAAGUGUUGUUAAUGGAGAUCAAAAUUCUCUGUUAGCUAUUACUGAAGGAAGCCAGUUGAGUAUGUGGGACUUGAGAAUGAAAGAAAAUGGUGGUUGUGUACAUCGGAUUUGUGGUACCCCUGGCGACACCUUAUAUUCUGUUUGCAGUUCUUCCACUGGUAAUAUUGCUGUUGGUGGGGUUGAUCGAACUGUGACUAUUUAUGAUCCUCGCAGAUGGUCGGCCUUGUCUAGAUGGGUGCAUUGUUCAAAAUAUGAGAUAACAGGGCUGGCUUUCUCAACAGUUGAUCCUGACUAUAUCUAUAUUCAAGGGGUGGAUUAUGAGGUCUUUUGCGGACAAUGGAAAGAAAGUAACAAAUUAUUUUCAUUUAGAGGAGACUCGAACUGGCUUGGCUUUAGUAAGUGCUCCAACAAAGAUGUUUUGGGUGGAUGGUGUGAUUCGGGUAGCAUAUUUGUAGUUGAUGUUGCAUGAGUGAUAUUGAUAAAUUGUACGUAUCUUUUUUCUUUGCUUCAAUAUAUUUACCCAUGGUCGAGUGUCAUGUUUGGAACUUAAAAGAAAAUGGGUGAGUUUAUUGUGCAGAAAAUUUUCCUGCACAAAAUGUUACAAUGCAUUUCUUGCCAUAAGAUGCAAGAUAUAUAUUUUUUGACGGUGAGUUCAUAUUUAGGAAUGCAUUAUUUUUGUGCUAUUUCAAUUUUGUAUUGUUCACUUCAAGUUCCUAUAUUUGAAAUUUCAAUUAUUUAAA